AUGCCGGUGACUGGAUUUGACCCUCAGCUCUCAGCCCAGCUUCACAACCAGAUUCUUGAACGUGCUUGGAUUGGGGCCGGACGAGAUGCCGCUUCGCUUCCAUCCAAGACCUGGUGGGAAGACUCGUCCCCAGUUCCGUUCGAUCUCGCAUCUCGUCUGAGCCCGAACUUGAUCAAGUUCCUGCGGUCGGCAAGAGCUAUUAUGUUCGAUACCUCUUCAGAUUUCCAUCUUUUCUAUUAUCUAAUGGCGCUCCAUGGGAAACAUGAAAUUCUGCAAGACACUCCUCUUCGGGAGUGGGGCGAUCGCUUCGUGUGGUUAUAUCCCUCGACACGAACGAAGAGUGAUGAAGAAAUCGGUAUAGUAUUUGAUCAAGAAACCGAGCUAGCUUCCUUCGUUCCAGACUGGGAAGAUAUGUACUGGUCUGAUCGGGAACGGUGGCCAUGGCGGCCGUUACAACAUAUCCUACAGACCUAUCUAGACAUCAUAGAUGAAGGCAAAAUUACAACAUAUUCCGACCGCGGAAAGGGAUGGAUAGACGAUAGUGUGUUCGGGGCUCGAAUUCCUUCAGGCUCGAUCCAUGAUCAUAGCAUCGAGCUCUCUCACGAGAUAGCUCUUCCCUACUCAGAAACUGUGAUGAAAGCUUCAUCCAUUAAAGUGGACUCCUUUGCCGGACGCUUUCUCUCGGCCCUUCCUACUCGCCAACUCAAUUUUCGCUAUAUUGCUCCCGGUAUCCGACUCCAAGAUCCAGACGAAUUCGGAAAUCAGCCCUUUACGGAACCUUCCAGUCUUAAUCUACCGACAGAAUUCUUUCCUAUCCUUCUAUUUCGAGCAGAGCAGGAAAAUAAGUCGCCCUGGAGUCGGCCCUGGUAUCCUGACGGAAAUGCCGCUGAUAUCCCCGCUGGUUUAUAUAUCGAACCUACCAAAGAAUAUUCUAACUGGUCAUGUAGCAACCAGAGUCGACUCCUACUACCGUUCGAGAUUGGCAGCAACGGGUUUGCUCGAAGUAGCAAUGGUGUUCCAUUCCUCAAAAAUGCCAGGGGUCCGGGCAGCUAUCCUGAUGAACUAUAUCAGUCGGAUUCAUUCAGCGGCUAUAGUGGUUAUUUACCUUGGGAUUCACGUAGCUCAUAUCUACACAAAGUGUUGGAGAAUUGGGCUGAACGGGUGGAAACGGGUGAUUGGCUCGUUGGUCAAGACGGUGUUGUAGGUAGUAUUGAGAAGUUCAAAGAGGCCGAUACUGAAGGACAUUGGAAAGAAUAUGUUAUUCGUUGGUGA